GAGCGAACUCAGUGUAUGAAACAACUCUAGGGAGUUCGUAACUUCAAGUUCAAUAAGGAUUUCUCACCAUGCUGACAUUCGGAUUGCUGCUGACCGUUGGGGUGUUCUUUUGGAUAUACUUUCUAUGGAGUCGACGAAGGCUGUAUAUGCUGCAUGCCAAGGUGCCCGGACCCUUGGGACUUCCAAUUUUGGGCAUUGCCGCGGAGUACCUUAUCCUCAACAAACGUAAAAUGACCACCAGAACCAAGUACUUGGAUAUGUAUGGGUCAACCGUUCUGCUCUGGGUUGGCCCAGACCCAUUUGUUGUGACACGGGAUCCAAAGAUUGCCGAGGAAGUGCUCUUGUCUUCGGAAUGCAUCAACAGGAGUUCGCAUGCGGCUGAUGCAAUUGCUCGUAGUGCUGGAGAUGGAUUGUUCACCUUGAAGGGACCCAAGUGGAUUGAGCGGCGCAAGCAAAUGAAUCCCACAUUCAAGCACAAUAUCUUGCUUAGCUUUCUUCCCAUUUUCAAUGCGGAGACAAAAACUUUGGUCAGCUUACUGGACACCUAUGUUGGUCAUGGUGAAAAAGAGAUUCUCAAUGAUAUUGUCAGAUGGUCGUUCAGAAUAGCCACUCAAACCACAGUGGGCACUGAUAUAAAACAUGAGGAAAACUUUAAGAACGAUACAAUUUUGAGAAGUUAUCAGUCGCUUUUACAACUGAUGACAAUGAAUGUUUUGAUGCCUUUCACUCAGAACAAAAUAAUUUCCACGCUGUGCGGAUAUGAAGAUCAGAGAAUGAGGGCCGCCUCUAAUAUUCAGAAAAUGAUAACCAAAAUCCUGGACAAAAAACUCAACUCAAAGCCGGAGGGUACUUCGCAACCGGAAAUCAACUCUGUGAUCAACCGAGCCAUUGAACUUUUCCGGAAUGGCCAAAUACCAUAUGAGCACGUGCAGGGUGAAUGUAGUAGUAUAGUCGUGGCCGCCUUCGAAACAACCGGUCUCACGGUCUGUCAUACACUCACUCUGCUGGCCAUGUACCCCCAGUACCAGGAUACGGUCUUCGAGGAGCUCAAGGAUCUCUUUCCAACGGCCGGCGACUUCGAAGUGACCUAUGAGGACCUGCAGAAAAUGGUCUAUUUGGAGCGCGUGUUGAAUGAGACCUUGCGACUGAUACCAUCCGUGCCAUUUGCACCGAGGGAAACGCUGCAGGACUUCCGCCUUUCGAACGGAGUUCUCAUCCCCAAAGGAGUCACCAUUGGCAUCGACAUAUUCAACACUCACCGCAACCCGGAGGUCUGGGGUCCAGACGCAGCAAAGUUCAAUCCCGAUAACUUCCUGCCGGACAAUGUUCGCGACAGGCAUCCCUACGCCUUCCUUCCGUUUUCAAAGGGAAAACGAAAUUGCAUAGGCUGGAAAUAUGGACUGAUGUCCUCUAAGCUCGCCCUAGCAAAAAUACUGAGGAACUUCAAGAUACGCACAUCAUUUCGCUAUGAGGACCUCGUUUUCGUUGACAACAUUGGCAUGAAGCUGGCCCAGUCACCAGGAUUAGACUUUCAACGGCGGACUUAGGACUCAGUUUGUUAUUUUUUACUUUAAGCCAAAUGAGGUGAAAACGCCUAUCAGAUGUUUUAGAUAUUAAUACCAGAAUUUCUUUUGUUGGGGAUAUUUUCCUAUUUACAGGUAGCAAGAAUUAUAUUUUAUAUGCAACGAUUUAUAAAUUAAUAAUUCUUAAAACAAUAAUUUAUUUAGUGUUUGGAAAUGCCUUUUUCCUUGUUAGUUUAUUACUCCUUUUUUGAACUAGGUUUAAACAAAAUUAAAAGACACAAAAUUGAUUAAGUUUUUUAGCUAAGUAACCAAGC